AUGGAUUUAUUCAAGUGUACACUUGUAAUUUUGACGUUGAGUGGUAUGAUCAUGGUCAACCUGGCAAACGAAGAAUUUAGUUUAUUCGACAAAGGAUAUCGUGCUCUGUAUCGAGUUUACGAGGAUUGUCAACAACGUAACAUAGCCGUAUCACCGUGUUUAAAAAAAAAGGCUAUAUUUUUCUUCGACAGAUUGGGUCGUAUUGAUACAUUACCGAUUGGUGAUAAUUUGGAAUUGAUCAAGGUACCAAAUAGUAUUGGAAAAAAUGAAUCCACGAUGAAAAGUUUGACCAUUGAUUUGGAUAAUUUGGGUCGUAACAAUGGUGGUGGUGCUGCUGCAUCCAAAGAAGAAUUGUUAAAUGAUAUUUUAAUCGAUAAAAUAACUAAUCUGUUGAAUGGAUACAACAUACAAAUACAUUUACCAAAGACCAAUUCAGUUGAAUUAAAACGUAGCAUUGAAGAGGGACGUGGUAAAAUGAAGAAAAUGAUGGGUAUGAUGAUGAUGGGUAUGGCAAUGAAAAUGGCUGCAAUGGUACCAAUAGCCAUGGGCGUUCUAUUCCUUCUAGCAGGGAAAGCAUUGAUCAUCAGUAAAAUUGCACUAGUACUGUCCAUGAUAAUCGGUUUGAAAAAACUCUUAAGUCAAAAGCAAAGUCACGAUUCUCAUGGUGGUUGGCAACAAAGUGGCGGUGGUUGGGACAGAAGUUUGAAAGAUUUUACUGACGUCACGGAAUCUGACAAGCAAUACGCUCACAAUCUGGCGUACAAAAGUUCUAGAGUACAACAACAACAACAACAACAACUUAAAACGGUAGCAAAAAGGGCGAAGAAAAAUCCCGCUAAUAGGGCUUUUCCAAUUAAUAAGAUAAAACCACCUAAUAGCGUUGUUGGUACGGAAAUGGUACAAGAGACUCAAGAACGUUCCGUUACAACGAAAAAAUUCAUCGUAAAUGGCAUUGGAAGUAAUUCAUGGUUAACCGAUAGGAUUUUAAACGUUGUCGAAUCGUUUAUUCCAUGCACGAGAUUAUGCGAUACAAAGAUGGAUAUUGAAGAAGCAAGGAAAAAAAAGAAACACAAGUUGAACAAAUACGUGGUACCACUGAUAGUUGGAUUUUUAUUAAUAAAAUCAAUUCUAUUGCCAAUUGCGUUGAAAGCACUUGCCGUUUUAAGUGGCAAAGCUGUUGUACUGAGUUUGAUGAGUUUGAUACUUGCUGCCAUCGUAGGAUUAAAAAAAGUUGCCCAAAGUUCAUCAUCCAAUGGUUACGACGUUGUCAAUGUACCAUCGACCAAAUACAGACGUAAAGAUGCUUACGAAAUUAUAAACGUAGUAUAUAGAAAUACCAACACACAACCGGAUUUGGGAAGCAGCAGCAGCCUAUAA